AUGAAGAUGGAGAUGGAGAUAAGACAUGCAGCUGGUGGAGAAGAAGCAGACGAUGGGGCUGGGAGCGAACCAGACGAUGUCAACACUCGUACUACGGCAAAUGAGAACCCCCAAAAUGGCGCUGAUGCCCAAUCAGCCGCACUGCGUUGA